UAGUUUACUUUUGUGCGAAGCAUGUGGUAGUAAUAUACCCAAGGGGGAUAUUUAUAGAGCCGGUGAGUACGUGACGGCAGUGAUAAUUAUGUCGGUACAAAUAUUAUUGCUCAUGUACUUGCUAAAACUUAUAGUGCAACAUUCAAUCCGCAGCCUUUUGAGUGCCUAAUCUUGUUGUGGUUUCAUGUAAGUAACAUUUUCGACGGAAAUCAGUAACGCCUGUGAAGGAUUGGUACGGAAUACAUCGCUGUACAUCGGAAGAACGUGAGAGUCUCAGAGGAUCAAUCUGCGAACUGCGAUGCAUAAAAUAUGCAUUAAAUCCUGGGGACAAUCACAAUCGACACCUGGACUCAAUCGCACAAACAUUUCUGACACCGUCUCGGAAAUCGGAAAUUUUUCCAGCAACCCAGUUUUGUUUACCCAUCCGCCAGUCUUACAACGUCGUGGAAACGUCGGUGAGGUCCGAGUUCGAGGACUGAAUUUAGACUUGAACCAUGGCUUCUUACCCGGUCUUGAAGAGCCACAGGAUGCUCGGAAGAACAGACAUUUGAAUAUUUUGUUGAACUGGCUGCGUGAGCAUCCUGAUGAUUUCCAUAACGCUGCGCCGGAAAUAAUUUGUUGGAGCUCCACCCUGAAGGAGGUUAUGCUCACAGCGGUACAUGUGAAAGCCCCAAAAGGUCAGAUGAAUAGCCAAGAUCUGCUCUAUGUACUGCAGACCCGAGUGCUGAAAAAAUCGAGUGAUGAUAGCCGCUGGCAUUGGGUGGAUCAUUGCGGUUUGCAAGAUCGACAGAGUGCUGUACAUGGCACUAGACGGCUACACAUAUCCGGAACAAUACCAUGAGCGGCUGCUGUC